GCAGGGUGGGUGUAGCGAGCGCGCAAGUGUCCGCAGUCGCUCACCGCGCACCGAUCGCUCACCGCGCUUCCGAACGCACGUUUGCUAUUGAAGGUGACAAAGGUGUUUCUUUAUAGUGCCAGGUGGAACGAUGGUGAAUUACACAUAACAAAAUAGUGGUUCAAUUAUUUGCUGUGUUAUUGUACAACGUUUACUAAGUGGGCAGGAUGCGAGCCGGCGUGUGGAGCGCGGCGGUGCUGCUGUUGCUGGCGGCUGCUACGGCCGCCCUAAGAUCUGCUCAGGUGGAAGGGGUUCGAAAUAGCAGAAGACUUUCAAACUUCGACUCGAGAGGCUCAACGAGUACGGAGAAGAUUGAUGAUGCUCAGCCUACCUUCCGGUCGAGGAGCUAUCGAAGACGCGAGGAAACAGCUUCACCCGCACCCAGAGAUAUUACCAGAUCAAAAUCCAGAAAUAGAAUAACAGAGUCUUUAACUUCAAAUGUCGUCUCAGAACAAUCUCCGACAGAAAACGGAAGGAAUGACCGAUUUGAUUCUAGAAGAACUAAUCGCAUACGAACCCGACCUUUAGAAAGCCAAAACUCCGUAACAACCUUUCCAAGUAGAGACAGUUCUGUAAACAAUAAAGCACGACAAAGUAAUAGAAGAGCACAGAUUACUACCACCACAGUGUCACCUUUACCACCAUCUUCAUCGGUUGCAAAUGAUAUCAGAAGAGAUGUAAGUAGACGAGCUCAGACAACGACCACAGAAGCUUCUACUAUUCUGUCUUCACCAACUGUUGAUGAAUUUAAAAGUGAAAUCACAGCUUCUACUUUCGAUGAUUUUACAAGAACGGUUCCAAAAGAAGAAGACAUUACUACUGUUCAAUUUAAAAGGAGAAGUACAACAGCUAGAAGUAUAGAAGUAGAAACACCAACAAGCGCAAAACCUGCUAGAACACGCGGACGCGUUAGUACAAAAUCAAACAUUAAAUUGGAUGAUAUGGCAAGUUCUGGUGCAACUAAUGUAUUAAGCAUAUCAGAAAAUAAUCUGACUGAGGAAAGAUCAUCUGAAGAUGCAAGAAAAUCACGUAAGUUAAGAUAUAGGACACGUUUAACAGAAACUGAUACAAAUCUUACCGGUGAGGGGAUCACAACUUCUAAUGAAAUCAUAAAAACUUCAAGAAAACAACAAAAGCAACCUGAAAGUAGGACAACAACAUUAGCUCCAAGUGAACGAAAAGUCCAGAGAAAUAUAGAACGUAACUCUUCAAAGUCAGCGGCAGUUAAGUCUAUGAGAGUUGUUCGUCGACCAUUAUCAAGAGGAAAUGAAAACGGGACAGCACUUCCUAAAGUGAAAACUUCAGAUGAGAUUGGAGACGAUGAUAACUAUCCAGCAAGUUUUAAAGCUUUAAUUCAAGCUAAGAAUGCUUCGACACAAGUGAGCUCUCCACCCAGCGAGAGUUUAUCAGUGAAAGCAACACAUACAGCUAUCAACACUAACACAAAACCCUCACUGCCUUCCAACACGAGUCUUGAAUCAAACAAUAUUACACGGCUUCGCAGUAAGUUAAACGCAACUGAAAAUGAUGUAAAGAAUGGAGAUGAUAAACCAAGUGAAUCGACUUUGGAUUCUCCCAAACUAAAAUCUCAAGAAUAUAAAUUGCGAGGAUCGUAUUCUUCAAGAGCACGAACGUUGAAAGCAGACAAUGUAAAAACUACUACUACUAGUUCUCCCAAUUCGGUAAAAAGUUCUUACAAAUUCACUAGAAAAUUAAGAACAACAACAUCAAGCCCAGCAGAAAUAAAAUCGUCUGAAGGUCCUAGGAAAUUUAAAAGAUUUGAAUCUGGGCAAUCACCACAAACAGCAUCGCGACCGCUUUAUUCAAGAAAAAAAAUCGGAAACAAUAACAACAAACCUGCAGACGCCGUAACUAGUGAUAAUAAUAGCAAUAAUUUGAGGACCAGCGUCUUAAAUAACAGUGUGAAAUUGCCAAGAACGUCUUAUUAUUCACGUCUAAGAAACAAUAUUAAAACAACGACGGAGUCUGUUAAUGAUAACAUAAAUGAUCCUUUUAAAGCUGACAAGAAAAAGGAAAAUACUGCUGAAAUGCCUUUAAUAUAUACUAUGUUAAAUAAACCAACCAAAACUGUGGCUGAGGAAAUUAAGAGCGAUGCUAAAGAUGAGUUUUUGUUAGCAGUAAGUAGCAAAGAAUCGCAGGAAAAUAACGUGGAAAAUGAUUUAAUAACUAAUGCCGAGGAGUCUGAAAACAUGCCUGUGAUAAAUGUUUUCCCAACUACACAAAAAUAUCACGCAAAUUACAAAGACCAGAGUCUGGGGAAUGAACGGCAAAACAAUGAAUAUGUAGUCACUGCUGCAACGCCUGCAAUAAGAAAUAUACAAACAAGAAAGUAUACGCGUAAAAUUUUUAAAUCUAAAGAAAGAGUAGAAUCUUCAACAGUUAAUCCUGUAUCAAAAUCAAAAGAACGUACAUUACGCAAAUAUAGUGAUACAUUCUCGAAAACAACUGAAGCUUCUACGAAUGGCAUAACUUCCGAUCCUGAAAAACCAAAAAGCAGAUUUAGUUCGAAAUACAGAGCCUCAAAUCUUGAUAAAACGUUUUACAAACCCACAGUACCGACAGUCACAACAACAACUGCAUGGCUGAAAUUCUUCGUGACUGAUCAUCAACUGACAAAGUCUAUAAGGCAGCCGAAGUGGGUCGAUGGCAAUGAUUUUAAUGAUGAUACAACAGAAUUCUUAUCAAGACAGAACGCUACUACGAUGUCAUUCACUCAUCAAUCAUCUGAACUGGAAGUGGGUGAAGAAAUUCUUUUAGGUCCAGACAUGAACGCUAUCUCUUUUACUCAAACACGAAGUGCAUUGUCUUCAGCAGAUUUAAGACUUUCUGAGAGUUUAGAAAAGCCAUCACAUGUCAUGAACGUAGAAGCCUCAAAUCACUCACCAUCAGUUACUGUAUCUAUCUUUGAUGCUUUGGCUGAAAUUCUUACGUCUACACCUAGAAUACAAAUAUCUACAACAACAGACGUACCGCAACAAACAUUUACUGAUAGUGUUGUUAAACAAACACUCAAUAGCGUGAGUAGUAACAAUAAUGUAAAUAGUGUCAGCGACUUGUCGAGUCAGGGCACAUCUACGUCAACUGAAAGUUUGACCACAAUAACUACUGUACAAAACACUGAUCAGACUACACCUACUGUGCUUAACCGCUUGUCGGUAGAGGAAAGUGUUUCACCGUCACUAAAUAUCGAGGAAAAUACAAUGUCCACGAAUAACCCCCAAACUACCCUUACUCCCACUCCAACUACUCCUAUUUCGGCAAGGAGACCUUUUGCCAUUAAAGUUUUGUAUUCAGAUACUGAACGGCCGACAGACGUACCAAUGACUUCAUCUGAACCUACAACAAAUUGGAGUACGACAGAAAAUACAAAAAUGGUAUACAAUACUGUGUCCGAUCUUAUACUAUCUAAUAACAAUUUAGUGUCGUCAGAACUAACAAGCAUGUUAUCGAAUAACAUAAAAGAUAUAAUUGGAAAUUUAGAUGAAGAAAGUAGAUCUAGAUUAUCCGUUGAUAUGGCAAAAUUGUUAAAAACACUUAUUCCCCGAGUUGUAAAUAAAGAUCCUUCCCUUAAUGAUCUUGAUAAUGUUCCUAAUACUACACCUUACAGUUUGGAGGAUAUCAGAGAUACUGAGAAUAUAGAUAUAAAUAAUGUUGCUAUUAAUACUAACGAAAAGAUUAAUAUUGACAGUAAAAAUUUCCUUCAAAAUGUACAGGAUAUGAAUGUAAAUAUUGCACAAAGUACCACUGAUUCCCCAAUUAGUGACGCUAUUAUAAAUAAUAGUGUAAAUAGCAUAAGUGAUUCCGUUUUUAGCACCGUUUUGCCUUUAUCAGAAAGCGAGGCAAAAGUAGCUGAUAUCGUAACUACAACCCAAACUAGUAAUACUAAUUCAAUGCCAACUCUAGAUUUAUCUUCAACAACUGUAACGACUACACCUACUAAUCAAUUACCAACCAAUAUUGAAAUAUUAGAUACAGCUACUUUGUCUAGCUUAGAAACGAGCACUGCAAAUGUAGAUAAUAUAAGCGUAGACACUGUGAAAAGUCCAACUAUAGAUCCCACUAAUGCACCUUUGCCCGUUUCAUUAUUCACAAACUUAAAUAUUGACGACUCUAAUCCGUCCGUCCGUAUAAACGAUAACAAUAAUUUAACUUCAAUGAAUAAAUUAGACAAUCGUUUUGGGACCGCGAACUUUGACAACACUGACAUUGAUGACCCCAGCCAAAUAUCCCGUUUCCAAUUAUGGGUUCUUUCCAAAAAAGCUCGCGUUUUAAAAAUGAUCGAACAACUAAUAAGGGAACAUAAUGAUGAAAUAGCAAACGGACCAUUGACUGAGGUAUUUAACCAAUCUAAUAAUGUUACCCUUUCUAAUAGAUUGACUGAGAUAAUAAAUACAAUGGACUCUACAACUUUGUCUAAUAAUCCGAGUAUCGAGAUUACGACUGACUUUGUAGUUACUACUCCUACUUCAGCUACUUCUAAUAUACCAUCUGAGUUAUCUGAAACAGUCGAUUUCCUAAAUAAUCGCAUAAAAGCUGACAUUAUAUCUCCUUCUACGACCAUUGUUAAUGAUAAUUUAUCAACUGCUAUUCCUGACUCUACUGAAGUGGAUCCGGUAUCUGAUGUUACUGAAGUAAUUACUACUACAAUUACGAAUGAAAUUGUUGAUAUUUUACUACGUACAAAUGCUAACUUUAUCGACCAAACCACAGUAAGAGGAACAACAAAUACUGAAGAAGAAAAAGAGAAUAUAAUUUCAACUACAGAAACAGUUGAUCAGGUCAAAGCUGAUAUAACAACACCUAAUUUAAAUAUAGAAACGACAACAGAAACAAGUAUAACAACUGAAAGUAUUUUAGAGACAACGACGCAAGCAGGUAUCGAAACCACCACUCUUACAAUAUUAAAUGAAACUAAAUCAAAUGAUGAAAUAACUGUCACCUCGCAAAUGAACGUUGCCAGUCAGCCAAUCAUUCCGAAAAAAGAUUAUGUAAUAUUUGGAAUACUGCCUAAUAAUACGGUAGUACGUAAAGAUCCUAAUGAUAAUGUACUGGAAACGUUAACGGAGGCAAGUCCGUACAUUAUAUAUGGUGUGCUGCCAAAUAACACAGUAAUACGCAAAUUUCCAAAUGGAACUAGAGUACCACGUAUCAUGCAAAAAAUUGACGUACUACCAAUCAGUCCAUGGAGUCUAAGAAAUCCAUACAGCCCCAUCCAUAAUAAUCCGGCCAUUGUCAGACCGCAGUCUAACCCCAUCCGAGUAUCCACUAAUAUUGUGACAUCCACCGACACAAAUAACGAAACGGAAAACCGAUUAACCACCGACACUGUAAAUAACCAGCAAAUAAUGAUACCUUCAUCGGCACUUAAUUUAAAAGAUAGCAGUUCCUUUGGCAUAACUACUGCCACUAUUAAGCCGUCUGCUGAAAAAAGCACUGCCUCGCAUGUUUUGAACUUACGCACUACUACAAUGCUACCUUCUAUUCAUGAGAUUCUGCUUAAUAGUUUAUCUUCAGCCACUAAAGAGGAAAUGGUUAAAUCAUCAAUGAAAAGCUCUACUCCUGAACCAAGAAUAUUAACACUGGAUAUCGAUCCGGAGACUAAACAAAUACGAACAGAAAAACCUAACGAUGGCCAAGGAAACACUGUUUUUAAAUUCAUACCCAUUGACGAAGUUACUGUUCCUCCACAAGAAACUAACGUCUUUAAAAUUGCUUCAACUAAAGCACCCUUGAAAACAAAUAGUGAAAAAGAAGUUCAGAUCGUGACUCCAAUAACAAUAGCUGAAAUUACUACACCAGGAAUUCAGACACGCUUAAAAAAUACCGAUGAACCGACAACCGCUCAGCCGACUGUUGGAACCCCUAAUGGAGUGACCCUUGCAGAUAAUAACGUACAGUCAAUCAUGACAGUUGUCACAACCAAUCCAACAAUAGUUCAACCAACCACGGACAGUACAACAUCCAAUUUAAGAAUAACCACUUUUAAUACUGUAGAAAAUUCAAACACAGUAACAGUGAAAAAUGUAAUAACUACAUCGGCACCUACCACGACAAGAUUUAUACCAGAAAUGCUGACAACCACAAAUAUGUUUACAACUAAUUUUCCAAGCACCACUGAGUCGGCACCCGUGCCAAAUAAUUCUAUUUUUGAAACAACAGAAAUGACGAAAACUACCACAGUUCAGUCAACUCAAAACGCUGUAAAAUCAGCUGAUGUACAAAGCAACAGUAACAAAAAUCAAGAAAAUGCAAAUUUACUUUUAACACUUCAAUCAAUUUUAUCAACAAAUACUAAAUCGUCAUCGUCUCACGAGAUCGAUCAAAUGAAAAUGUUACAAGCAUUGCUAUCAGGCGCUAAGGUUAACGUACAAGAUAAAGCAAAGUCCCCACAAACUACAACUGUCCGCUCAAUAGAAGACGAAAUUCGUCAAUUCGAGGAAGACACGAAAUUUUUAAAAGCACUUUUAAAAGCUACUGGUCGAAAUCCAACAGAUUUUUUUCCAAGUAUCGAUGAUGUAAAACCAACUUUAGCGCUAACAACAACAGUUAAACCUAUAACCACUACUAUGACUACAACUACUACUCCGGCACCUCCGUUAUCAACGACAACUACUGCAGUACAAUCAACAGUUUCUAUUGACGAAGAUUUAAAGAAAAUCAAAGAAGACACUCAAUUACUGCAAGCAUUAUUACAGGCCACCGGCCAAACUGUUGAUACACUCAAUUUGCCAAUUAUAUCUGGGAUAACAUCUAAUGUGCGAAUUGCUUCCAAUCCUCUGACAACAUCUAUUGAAUCUAAUCCUACAACUCCAAUGAAUAUUCGUCCAGUCUACACUACAAUUCAACCAACAGAAAAAACUACCACGCAGACUGAAUCCACGCAAACUAGUUCUACAUUAACUACUUUACAGGAACAACAAAGUACUGUAAAAGAAGACAUUGGCAUCUCAACCACAUAUCGACCCGUCCAGAGAAGAUUAACAAGUACGACACCUCCUGAAAUAUUUUCAACUAUAAGCGCCAGACGAGCUCCAAGCUUAGUGCAAUUCACUACUGAACAACCAAGUACAUCAACAUUUUCCGUGGAGGAAGAUUUAGCAUUUCUAAAUAAUCUGAAAACGGUUCUAAAUACUAAUAAUAACGAUGACCCGGAAGCAGACCUUGCAAACCGUGUCAUUGCUCUGGCUGUAGAAAGAAGUUUGAACGAAUUACAAACUGGAACUCAAAAGACUCCUGCUGGAAAUAUUACCCCAAAUGUUGUCAACCCUAUUCGCACAACAACAAGACCAACGACCACCACUACUAGAAUGACUACAACAACUGAAUAUAUUCCUCCAGUCUCCACGCAAAGUACUCCGUCUAUUGAAGAUGAUAUCAAACAAUUUGAAGAGGAUACGAAACUUUUACAAGCACUAUUAAAGGCAACAGGACAAGAUCCAUCGAAGUUCAACAUACCAACGUUACCAAGUGUAAAUAAGCCUAAUAAGAAUAAUCAAGCUGCCGUGAUCACUUCGUCACAAACAACAACAAAACCAUUUGGAGUAAAAAUUGCUGUGAAAGAUGAAUUAAAAAAUGUUCAAGACGAUACGCAAUUAUUACAAACUUUAAUAAAGUUAAAAGACGCACAAGAGACAACAACCCAAAGGAAUAAAAUUGCCAUCACAGGUCAAUCUUCCGAUGAAGCUCUUAAAAAGUUAAUCCAAAAAGCAAAACCCACAGCUAUGGUAUCGGAAGCGACAAAAUCAUCUGUCUCCCUGAGUACCGAAUUUGGAAACAGCAACGACGCUCUCCUCGCAGCGUUACUUAAAGAGCAAGGAUUCGGUCCAACCACGGCAAGUUCUUUGGAUGAACAAGUUCGACUCGCUGCUUUACUGAACCAAGUGGUAGUGACGCCGAAGGCCAGGCGGACGACGACACCUCCUCCGCCGCCUCCGCCGCCGCCGGCGCCGCGCCGGCCUAUCCUGGAUGGCCUGGCUUGGCUCUGGCAGCAGUGGAGGGACACGGCGCCGGGCACCGGUGGCGCCGGGGGUGCAGGUAGUGCAGGGGGCGCGACGAGCUCGGGGGGCCCCAGGACGAGUAGCAGGCGGCCUGCCCCCUCACACGCGCCCGCGCCUGCGCCCCGUCCCACAGCGGCUGCGACGCCGGCUCCUUCGAGAGCCAACUGGUUUGGCUCCGGACCAUUUGUGGGAAACGCUGACGAUAGACCGGCGUCCAAUCGAAUACCUCUGGAGCCACCGCGCGCAGUCGCCGCUGAACAAGCACCGGGCAGGGGGCAGCUUGUCUCCGCCGCCAUUAACGUUACAAGAGCUUUCUCUCAGUUCCUUGGAGCAGCGAUACAGGGCGCAGCGCAGACCGUGCAAAACGUAAUAAGAGCUGGUCAAAAAGCGGCAACUGACGUAUACACAAAUGGCUCCGGGUAGAUAGGGACAUUCUGAUGUAAUGGACUGCAAAACUUUUCCGAAAGUAUAGUACGCACUAUGUGUUUUUAAUGCUCAUGUAAAUAGUCUGAAAUCAAUCGGCCUUUUAUUUAAACGGAAGAUAAAUUGAGGUGUUAAAUUCUAGUGUUAAAAAAUUGUGAAUAAAACUAUCUGGAUAGGAACGUAGUUGUAAGUUAUUGGUGUGUAAAUAGAAUGAAAAUAUCAAUUGCAAAUUGUCCAAUACAGGUACUGACAAAGAAUGUGAUGAUAGUUAUAUUUAAAAUAAAAUAUUUAAUUUGUUAUGUAAAUAUUAUUUUCUCUCUCUGGUGUUUUUAAAGGGUAGAUUUAAUUAGUAAAUGUUAUACUCUAGCCUGUUACUUUCUAUCGUGGUGUAUAUUUAGUUGGAAGUUCUCUUAGUCAAGCUUUUCUUCAACUUUUUAGUGGUGGUAGGUAUGAUACAUAAUUUCCCGUCUUCAAUACUUUUGUGAAUUCCUUGAGCCUUGUUUUAUCGAAAUCUUCGAAAAUCAACGACAAUAUCGAAUUAUUUUCUAUGUAAAAUUUAGAAACGGUGUUGGUUCAAUACUGAUAACGAUUAUAAUUUCUUUUCUAAAUAUCUUUGACAUAAAUAUAUUUUCUUAUGUAUAUAUAGGUUUUAGUUUUGGUGUCUCAAAUUACAUCAUUGCUUGAUUCUAAGCGUGUUAGUUUUAAGUAACGUCAUUAAACUUAAGUCUAAAUCCAUGUGCCAUUUACGCACGUUCUUAAUUUCAAGCUUUUACUGUCUGCCGCUUUUAUUUAUUUAGUUUUAUAAUAUUUUGAUGAUCGAAUUUUUACUUUGUGACUUUUUCUUGUGCAAGGAUUACCGUAUCAGUUAAAAUUAGUCAUAUUUGAUACAAAAUUAGUUGACGACCUUAAAAUUUGAAUUCGAAAAUACUUUAAAUGGAUGAUAUUUACUGUCAAAAUGUUAAGAACUUUAAAUUGUUAAAGUAUUUAACCUUGCCCAUAAAAGCAUAAUAAGAUUUUAAUUUAAAAAAAUCAAGCCUUUUCUGCCUUUACUAUAAAUAUAAUAAC